AUGAUGCUGGGCAGUGGCCUGCAGGGCAAAGCCUCUGUCGAUCUAGAGAAGCUCAAGGAGGUAGCUCGCCUGGUGGAAUUGCUCGAAAAUGAUUUCUCUGCAAAGAAGCUUUCAUCUGCAGAACAAGUGCAAACACUUUUGACCUUGCGUCAGCAUGGCACAGACCCGACAAAUGCAGACCCCAUUUAUUCAGACAAGGGCAUCAAUCUUUUGGCCAGAUAUGGAUUGGACGGCGAAACCGUCGACAUCAGAAGGGCUGCUUUGCGCUGCAUUGCUAACGCGCUCCUCCUGAACCCGAACAUGCGCCAAGUCUUUGUCAACACAGGAUAUGCUGGCCGUGUGGCUGAGAAGCUCAAGACAGAUAGUUCAGAUGAUGAAAUGAUCAUGUCGCGGAUUCUCUUUCUGACGACUUACGGCACCGAUAUUGAAUUUAGCACCCUUAUUACCAAGCAUUCGUUGGCCGAUAAUGUCUGCUAUCAAGUGACUCGUCACGCGAAGCAAUUCCCCAAAGGCGGUCAAAAAGACCUACCGCAGAUGGACGAACUGGCCUUGACAGAUACCCUGAAACUGGUGUUCAAUGUGGCCAAGCUCUACCCCAGCCUGGCAGAUUCCUUUGCUCCUCUAAUUCCUCACAUUUUCAAAAUCAUCAGUCGCAUUGAUAUCCCCGCAAAGCCGCUUGACGGCCUAAUUGGCUACCUCGUCAAUGCCCUGUCGACGCUCGAUCUGGAGGAAAAGCCGGGCAAGUUUGAAAGCAGCCCGUUGUUCCCGAAAUUUAACCAGAACUGUAAUGUCGACAAGUUAAUUAACAUACUAGAUGCCGCCGUUCGGGUGUACACGCCAGACGAGUUGGAGCCUCGUGUCGUGCCCUUGCUGCAUUUGCUGAUUACGAUCCACGAAUUUGCCCCAGAAGGCCCAAGGAAGUACAUGAAAUGGCUCCUUUUGCCCGAAGACAACGACCGAAGCGCCCCAAUUGGGCGUAGCGAUACCCUAUCGUCUAAGCUCCUCAACCUGUCCACAUCGCCGUCGGUUCACCUCAAGACAACCAUUUCAGAACUGAUGUUUGCACUGUCCGACAAGGAUCCGGAAAACCUGACAAAGAACAUUGGCUUCGGUUUCGCAGCAGGGUUCUUAGCGUCUCGUGGCAUCGAGAUCCCGCAGGAUUCCCAAGAGGCCUUUGCAACGAACACAGAGGCCGGAAUCAACCCCAUCACGGGCCAGCGGUUCGAUGCAGAACCUCAAGAUCUUGGGCCUCCCAUGUCCCAGGAAGAAAAGGAACGAGAGGCGGAGAAACUAUUCGUACUUUUUGAGAGAGCCAGGGCAAAUGGAUUCAUCACGGCAGAAAACCCCGUCGCCCAGGCAGUCCGAGAGGGCAGAUUUGAAGAACUCCCAGACGACGCCGACAGCGAUCUCGAUUGA